GAAAAAAUCGCUAAUUCCAUACCUUUCCAACUAAGCCUUGCUUAGGCUUCGACAUUUAUGAAAAACGGCUCGAUUCAUGCCUUUAAAUUAAGCAAAAUAAGAAAAAAUAAAAAGCCAACUUUUGAAAAACUUGUGAAACGUCAAAUGGCCAUCUUCUCUUUAAAAUUUCCCGCCGUUUUGGAGAAAAACCGCUGGUCAAAUUCUGAGCUCGCAGAUGAUUGAUGAUUACCACUGACGUUGACCUAUGAUUAUAAUGAUCAAUAACACCGAUUUAAUUUAUUGGUUGAUCGACAUGUAGUGAUUUAAACAACAGGGAAGAGAAUGAGUUAUGAAAAAUUAAGAAAGAUUGCAAUAUAUGGUGCAGUUGCUUCCAUUAGUGCAGCAUUCAUCUUACAUCAUAAAACUCAAGGUAUAAAAAUAAAUAUUUACCAUUAAUUUUUAAUUAACUCGCAUUGCACCCUAAUGCAACCUAGUUUAUUGUCUUUAUUAUUUUAUUCUGUCUAACAUCAGAUUAUUUUACUUGUCAAGGGUCCCGAGGAGAGCACUGGCACUCAAUGGGUUAUUCAAGGAAGAUUAAUUAACAUUUUCCCCUUUAUGAGAAAAAUUGUCUGGCAUAUUAGACAGAAUAACAUAGUAAAGGCUACAUAUAGGGGAACAAGCUGGGCACAUUCUGACUUAAUGAGUUAAGCAGCAAUUUGCCCUGAUACGUACAUCCUGCAUGCAUGGUGGUUUCAAUCUCUACUGCCAGAUAUUUAAAUACUUGGAUUAUUUAUAAAUACCCUUCAUGAGUAAAAUACUAAAAUUGUCUGUCAUUAGGUACAGUAAAACAAUCUGGCAUUAAUGACAGACAUUCCAGCCACUGGAGCUGAAAUUUAGUCACACUGUGUUCAGUGAAUUUAUCAUAAGGAGAGUGUAACAUGUAUUAAUGGGUUACCCAUAACUUCUAGACUAUCUGUAUACAGUCUUCACUUCUCAAGGGGACUGGAAAUCUUUAGGUAUAUACUGUACAGUAAGUUAAGUGAGUUAUUAAACAUCUAAACUAAUUAUUUUAAGCACCAUUAGAUGGAAAAGGAAGCCUAAUCAAACUCACGCUUACCUCUUUCCAGCCAACCUUGCAGCCGGCGGAUACUACCAGCUGACGACAGAAGCUGUCAAACAACAUCAACAAACCAAUGACAUCCUGGGUAGUCCUCUGAGGUUCGCCUAUAUGAACCUCAGUAGAAGAGAUAUCCGAAUCACCAAGGAUCAAGCACAGGUUUACAAAAACAUAUUGGAUAGCAGGACUGCCAAGAUGGGUGUCCAGGGCUGCAAGCAGGGGCAGGAUAAAUUGUCUUGGGUUCACAUCCUGAUUCCUUGGCAAGGACCCCGAUUCUUGAAGGUUGCAAAAAUUGAGUUGGCUCCCAUAAAGCCUAGGAUCCCUUUUAAGUUCACUUCCUGUGCUCCUGUAGGACACUGUUUUUGCUCUUUUAAAAUUAUGUUGUGAUAUGAGUAACAGGGCAGCCUUGUUGGAUCCACUACUAUUUGGUAGUAUUUCAUUUACUAUAUUUACUUGUAUCUUUUAGAUUGUAGUUCCAAUUCGAGGCUCAAAGAGAUCAGGGAAUGUCUACUCCAAAUCUUCCAAGAGAAAUGAUAGGUGCAUUUAAUUUCUGUUAAAUACUCUAGUCCAUGGAUCAUUGCUCAUUUAUAGUCCAACCUACAUAUAAUCUUACACUACUUUAUACUAAGAAAGCUGAGAUUGAGAGAGAUUAUAACUACAGUACCUGAAAAAUACAAGCAGAACUUCACCUUACACUGUCUAAUACCAAUAAUUAGGCUCAAGACUUUUCAAUGUAGAAUAAUUUUUUUAGAUGGUAUCUUGACAAUGUUGAAGUUGAAGUAAAUCAAAGUGAAGGAAAAAGAAUAAAGGUUGUGUCUGAAGACUCUUUCACCGACAAUGAAUGAAGAAAAAAAGUUAUGAGGGUCCGAAAAAAUUAAAGAAGAACAGCUUGCAAAAAAUUUGUUUUUCAAAUUCCCUCAUUCUAUAUCUGUAUGUGCCUUGGGAUCAUCUUCAUUUUGUGAAACCAGCUUGCUACUAAAUUUUAAAAUGAAAGUAUUCAGUGAACAUAUACUGUACAAUGACAACACAUACAAUAUGUACUGUGCAGCUAUAGAGAUUGAAAUCCAUAAUUAUACUGUGUCCUGAGAACUAUCAUUUUAUGCAUAAACUAGCUAAAUUAAAUAAACUCCAUGCAUAUCUUAAAAAACUGAAAAAUAAUUUAUUAAUUUCCAAGUUGCAUAUUUAUUUCCAUCUAUUUCUUACAUGAAUUCAGUCAGAAAAAUGUUAUUAAACUACUGUACAGAACCUACAACAUGUAAAAUUAUGAGUGAAAAUUGUUACUAGUAAUUUUAUGCAUUCAAUUAUUUUGUAUUUCAAAUAUAAUUGUUAACUAUUAUUCUGUAAUAUUCCAAUAAAUAUUUUAUUGAAACCCAGUAUGUAGCUAGCAAGUACCCACCAUGUCUGACAACUGUCAGUGAGGAUUGCAUGUGCUCAGCAACACCACCUACAUAAAAAAUUAUUACAGUAUUUAUGAACAGCUAAUUACUGUCAUAGGCCUGUGUUCAGUAGCUUUAAAGAUCAAUUCACCUUAUUUAUAUAUUCUGUAAUCUUCUAUUUCUUGUCCAAAAGUUUCAUCAACAACACAGAAACAAGAGUCAUUGAUUCCGGGUCCACAACCACUAUGUCAUAGAGUUGUUCAAAAUUCUUUCUCAGCUCAUUUAC